CAUACACACACACACACAGGCGCGCACGCCGAGAGUGAGGGAGAAAGAGAGAGAGAGGAAAAAAAACAAACCCCGCCAGCCUCGGAGCCGCUUCGGAUCUGGGAAAGAGAAGUGAGGUUGGAGAAAGUACAGCGAUGCCAAGGCGGAAACAGCAGGCACCCAAAAGGGCGGCAGGUUAUGUCCAAGAGGAUGAUUUGAAGGAUGAGGAAGACAUAAAAGAGGAGGAAGAGGAUGAUGAUGAGAGCAAUUCAACGGCUCAUCUUCAGGGCAGCAAUGACCCAGGAACAGAUGAAGAACAUGAAACUGGUCCUGAUCCAAGAGGAAGCUUAAGCUACCAGAAUUCCCCAGGGAGCCAUAUCUCCAAUCAGGAUGCGGAAAACGAAUCCUUGCUCAGUGAUGCUAGCGACCAGGUGGCAGACAUUAAAAGCCUUAGCUCCAGGGAGGCAUCAGACUCCAAAAGCAAUAUCCAUCCCAAACAUCCAACGGAAGCACACAGCUGCAUGGAUAAAAUGACAGCUGUCUAUGCUAACAUCCUUUCUGAUUCUUAUUGGACAGGUUUGGGACUGGGGCUCAAACUUUCCAGUUCCGAUAAGAGGCAUGUGACAAUAGAAACAGCAAGCAAAAGCGACUUUGAUUGGCAUCAGGAUGCCUUGACCAAAAGCUUGCAGCAGAGUUUACCAGUCCGGCCACUGUCCAAGCCAACUUUCAGCUCAGUCCAGCUGUACAGGCAAAGCAGCAAGAUGUGUGGAACUGUAUUCACAGGUGCUAGUAGGUUUCGGUGUAGGCAAUGCAGUGCUGCCUAUGACACCUUAGUUGAGCUUACGGUCCAUAUGAACGAAAGUGGCCAUUACCAAGAUGACAACCAUAAAAAAGACAAGCACAGAUCUACCAGCUAUUCCAAGCCCCGGAAAAGGGCUUUUCAGGACAUGGAUAAAGAAGAUGCUCAGAAAGUUCUGAAAUGUAUGUUCUGUGGUGACUCUUUUGACUCUCUUCAAGACCUGAGUGUUCAUAUGAUCAAAACAAAACAUUACCAAAAAGUGCCUUUGAAGGAGCCGGUACCUACCAUAUCUUCCAAGAUGGUGACUCCAAAUAAGAAACGUGUGUUUGACAUUAACAGGCCUUGCUCUCCAGAUUCAACCACGGGGUCGUUUGCUGACACUUUCUCUUCUCAUAAGAAUGCCAACCUGCAGCUAUCGUCUAACAAUCGUUACGGCUACCAGAACGGUGCCAGCUACACCUGGCAGUUUGAAGCCUGCAAAUCUCAGAUUCUCAAGUGCAUGGAAUGCGGGAGCUCCCACGAUACUUUGCAGCAACUCACCACCCACAUGAUGGUGACGGGUCACUUCUUGAAAGUCACCAGCUCAGCUUCCAAGAAAGGGAAACAACUUGUCUUGGAUCCCCUGGCUGUGGAAAAAAUGCAGUCGCUUUCUGAUGCGUCAGCCACUGACAGCCAGCAUUCAAAACCCUCCAGUAAUUCAUCAACCGAUUCUACGGCUCCUGCUUCAGACCUAAAAAAGGAAAGUAAACAAAAUAAAUCUGAAGAAGCGAACAAAGAUGAAAAAGGGGUAAAAAAUGAAGACUACGAAGACGCUCUUCAAAAGCCACUGGACCCGACAAUGAAAUAUCAGUAUCUCCGGGAGGAAGAUUUAGAAGAUGCUUCAAAAGGUGGUGGAGACAUUUUAAAGUCUUUGGAAAACACUGUCACCACAGCCAUCAAUAAAGCUCAGAACGGAGCACCCAGCUGGAGUGCGUAUCCCAGUAUCCAUGCGGCAUACCAGCUCUCGGAGGGAACAAAGCCUUCCUUACCGGUGGGGUCCCAAGUUUUGCAAGUUCGACCAACAGUCAGUAAUAAACUGAGGCCUAUUGCUCCAAAAUGGAAAGUGAUGCCUAUAGUACCCAUGACAGCUAAUAUAGUCCAGUGCAGUCAGUUGAAAAAAGAAGGAGACCCCAAGAAGGAAGCUCAGAAGGACUACAUUAAAGACAGCAACAAGACAGAUGUGGUUCCUCCCUAUCAGAAUGAAGGAGAUUCGCCUCCUCAGACUGAGAUGUGCGUAGAGUCCAAAAAGUCAGAGCUGAGUCCUUUGAAGGAAGAACCCAAGACAAAGGAAGAGGAGGAUAAAAUAAAAACAAGGAUUCUGACAUCAUCUCUCACCAACGGAUGCCCUCCUGGCAACCACACUUCAGAGCUGCCUGGUUUGAAUCCCCUCAGCGCCCUGCAGUCUGUGCUGAACAACCAUCUGGGCAAAGCAAAUGAGCUACGACCUCAGUCAAACUCCAGCCCCAGUUCAAGCUCAACAUCUUUGUUCCACAAACCAAAUUUAAAUAUAAUAGAGAAGCCUGUUCUGUCUCCUGCAUCAACGCCGGCUAAACCUGCAAACGUUACAUCCCGGCGUUACGUGUUUGAGAACAGUGAUCAGCCAAUUGACCUGACAAAAUCAAAGAAUAAGAAAGGGGAAUCUGUUCAGGCCCAGUCUUGUACUUCCCCACCUCAGAAGCAUGCUCUGUCCGACAUUGCAGACAUGGUCAAAGUCCUUCCCAAAGCAACGACCCCGAAACCUGCGGCUUCAUCCAAUCCAUCCAUGAAACUGGAAAUGGAUGUUCGGCGUUUCGAAGAUGUCUCCACAGAUGUCUCCACUUUGCAUAAAAGGAAAGGAAGGCAGUCCAACUGGAAUCCUCAGCAUCUCCUGAUUCUGCAAGCGCAAUUUGCAUCCAGUCUCUUCCAAACAUCGGAGGGUAAAUAUUUAUUGUCAGAUCUGGGCCCUCAAGAACGUAUGCAGAUUUCCAAGUUUACGGGGUUGUCCAUGACUACCAUCAGCCAUUGGCUGGCAAACGUCAAGUACCAGCUCAGAAAAACUGGGGGGACAAAGUUUUUGAAAAACAUGGAUAAAGGACACCCCAUCUUUUAUUGCAGUGACUGUGCAUCUCAGUUUAGAACACCAUCAACGUACAUCGGCCAUUUAGAAUCCCAUCUAGGUUUCCAAAUGAAAGACAUGAACAAGCUGGCUGUGGAGCAGCAAACCAAGGUAGAGCAAGACAUUUCCAGAAUUUCAGUUCAAAGAUCUCCUGAAACAAUAGCUGGAGAAGAGGACACAGACUCUAAGUUCAAAUGUAAGUUGUGCUCUCGGACAUUUGUGAGCAAACAUGCUGUAAAACUUCAUCUAAGCAAAACGCACAGCAAGUCGCCAGAACAUCAUUCACAGUUUGUAGCAGAAGUGGAUGAAGAAUAAUUCCUAAGGUAUGCAUGCCUUAACUGCAAAAGGGAAAAAAAGAAAGUGUUUAAUGUGAUGUUGAUUGAAGGAAGGGCUCUUAAAGCACUUCUGCUUAUUUAAAGAAAAUAUUACCUUCCAAAAUGCCCAUUUCUUUCCAGACAUUGGCUUCUCUGUCUGUAAUUGUUGCAUGAUGGGACAAUUUUUUGCAUGGACAGCUGCUUCCAUCAGCCUGUUUCCAUGAUGAAAAAAAAAACACAACCCUUUACAAGUUGCCUUUUUCCCAGGCAUGUGCUCUUAAAGGCAAAGAGACCUCUGCCAAGAAAAGAUUUGGCAUUCUUGCUUGCUGUUGAUACCAUGUUCCUAUUUAGCAAACUUAGCCCUGUAAAGCUUUCCGUAGAAAAAGCAAAGCAUGCUGGAUGUUUCAUUCUAAUGAUUCCCAAUGAAUUGUGUUUGCUUAUAGUAUUUGAAGCAACUAUGUCCCUCUUUGGUCUGAGCACAACAGCAAGAGUGGUCACUACAAACUGAUGUUUCAGUGUCCGGUUUUCAUAAUGGGAUUCCCUUGCUUAAUUUUAAUAACCUUAUGAAUUCAAAAGCCUUUUGUUCUUGCCCCACUCCUCACUGUUCAUUGCUGGUGAAAUAUCAAGCCUGUUUUGGGGAUUGCUGUCUAGAGCCUAUGCAUCAAUAGGAAUAAUCACCUCAUUAUCUUUUUUGGGUGUGGGGAGAGGGAGAACGUGAGGUCAUUAAGAAAGUCUAAAAGUCAAUGAUAGACAUAAGAGUCCCUGUUAUCUCCAGCUGGUGCCUCUCAUCAGUUCAUAUAGUUCCUAGAAAGUUAUUCUCAACAGGCAAAGCUGAAUUGUGUUUGCAAAGCUGUUGCCACCCUGACAAAUUUAAACAAAUGUUUUCACCUACAGAUUUCACCAGUCCUUAGGAUGAUGCUAAUUAAAUAUGCCCCCAAUACAUUUUUUUUUAAAAAAAUCUAUAACUAUUAGGCUAAACUCCAAAACAUAUUUCUUCUUCUAUUUUUCAUUUGCUUUACUUUGAGAUCCCUUAAUCUAGGAUUUCAUAACAUUUCUGGGCUGGGGGCAAAUAGUGAUAGUGUGUGGUGGUAGCCACAUUCACAAAAUGGCUGCCAUGGGAGAUUUGGCCUUUCUGUAAAAUGGCUGCUGUGAAAAGGAUGGAGAAUCCCAUGUAUCCAUUUACUGGAAGGAAAUUAGCACUUAAUGGGUUCUUGUUGAACCCAAAGGUAUUGGUACAAGUAAUUGUUAUGCUAGAGCAGUGUUUCUCAACCUUGGUGACGUUAAGUCCUGUGGACUUCAACUUUCAGAAUCCCCCAGCAG